AUGGCGGCCGCACCUUAUGGUAGACUGCUUCUGCUGCUGCUUCUACUGACCUGUUCCCAGGGCUUUGUUGACGCGCGUCGCCUGAACCGUUACGUGCGCCACUUCGAGCCCCUGUCGUACGAGCCACGGCGGGUGCACAGGGAACACGUUCGCGUCAGGAGAUCCCUGGGCGGAAGCAGCUCGCAGCACGGCAUCGUUUACUUCCGCUUCCAAGGAUUCGACAGGUUGUUUCAUCUGAAGCUGAGGCCAGAUGCGUCCGCCUUUCACAAGGACCUCGUGGUCGAGACUUCGAGCCGCGGUCGAGUGAAGCCGGACAUAGGUCACAUCUACAGCGGCGAACUGAUUGGCGAUCCUUCCAGUCGGGUAUACGGUGGCCUGCACGACGGCGUCUUUGAAGGUUCCAUCCAGUCCCGCUGGGGUCGCUUCUACGUCGAAGGGGCGCACAAGUUCUUCGCACGGCGCACGCCCUUCCACUCCGUGAUGUACGCCGCCAAAGACGCCAGAAUACCCGACGCAGGAUGGUGCGGCGUCAACAGCGAGACCACGCGUUGGAUGCAGGAGCUUGCGGCUUCUACCGAGCUAGCCGAAAUGCCGUCAUCAAGG